GAACACGGUAUUGAGUGUCGAGUGGGGACCGAUCACCAUGGCAGGAACUAUCAUCGGGGGAGUGAUAUUGGCAGCGGUGAUCACCGCCAGCGCCGGACAGCUCUAUCAUCGCUCGGAUUACGGCGGCAGCUCCAACUACAACUCCAACUCCAACACGGGCUACUACUCGAGCCGCUCCAGCUACGACACGAGCAGCCUCGACUACGGCAACAUCUACGGCAGCCGCAGCCCGUCCACCCAGACCUACACUGUGCCUCCGCCGCGGUCUCCAGCCUCCAGACUCGACUAUUCCAGCCAGCGACUACAGCUUGCUUACGAUGCCUACCUGCGUGAGCUACGUACCGCUUCAGCACUCCGCGAGGGCCGCCGAGACCCACUCCAGCCCGCCCACGACCUCCAGCCAGCCGCCCAGCACACGGACCCCGCGGCAGCUCCGAUAGAACGCUCCGACAGCUACGGGUACGGGGACGAUUGCAGCGACCUGGACACCCUCAGCAUGAUUCUGGGUCUGGGAGCGCUGGCUGCGUUUGCUCUCUACUACUACCUCCAACAGCAGGCUGCUGCCGCCCCCGCUCGUAGUUCCGUAUGGAUGCCCAUGAUGAGCGUCAUCCAGAACAGACUUCCCGAGCAUGUCGUGCUCGAAUCGCUUCUAGAGAAGGCCUGCGGGGGCCUGGAUGUCUUGGAGACCCGAAGGAGCAGUCAGUGGACGCAGCGAGGUGUCACCGGACGAGGGAUUGGAGGAGACUGCCUGGAGGGUCUGAUUGGACCGGCGGCCGGCUUCUCUGCACUGGCUGCUAUCGUGGCCUACGCUCUGGCGCAGGCGGCAAUGGCCAUGGCCGGGGCAAGAUCAUCAGAUACAGGUGUCGAUUACACAGCGCUGAAUUCAGCCGCACGACAGAUGCUGAUCGCUCUGACCGCCCCCGACCAAUGCGUGGCUCACCAGCUGUGUCAGGUCACCAGGUCAGCUGGUCACGCCUCUGCUCAGACGAGAACACCCAUCAAACUGGCCAGCGUGGCUCUGGCGUGGUACGCCGCUCGACUACGGCAGACACCGGGCUCAACCGGUCCCUACUCGGAGUAUUGCUGGAGUCUGGUGCACGGCCUAAAUGGCACCUGCCCUGACCCGAGCAGGGCCUGUAUCGCGACCUGAGAGUGUACUCGUAGACAUGGAGCUGAGAGGAUAGUCUGAAUUCAGACUUCCGAGUGUGGGUGACCUGGAAUGACCUGUUUCGUUAGUGAUAAGGUCUGGUCUUGGAACUCGAGAUGAAAACUAAACUGUGAAUGUCAUGGAACAUACCUACCCUUGCAUAUGAUAUGGUGCAGGAAGAGUAUUUGAUAAAGCAUUGUUUUUUUAUAGAGCGUUGCGAGCAUCGAAGAGCGAAGACGCCUGCAGAGGGUGCGUUAUUGUGGUUGUUCUCAUACCACAAUUUUGUAGAUAACAACACCUAUUUUUGUUGCAUGGGAAAUUACUGCUGCUUUGAGGCUUCUUUGUUUGCCUUGUUGAGAGUCUGAAACGUGAAUAGUCAUCACCGGAAGUGCAAAAUGUAACAAGGUAUCAGCAGCUGUCCCUCAUGGACAGCGAGUUAUGGUGUUGCUGCUGGUCUGAAUUUAGGUUUAUUGUUUUUUUCUUCAGCUUAGAUUUAUUGUUGACUUGUACUGAGCAUUGUAAAUACAAGUGAUAGUGUGCAGAUGUAGAGAAUUGGAGGCAUUUAGUAAAUGUAGUAAGUUAUGAUGCAUCUAAUGCAUUAUCUUAAUGCACAAAAUGAAUGUUCAGUCCUGCACUGUUACAAUUGUCAAACCCUAUAAUUGUUGACGUUUUGCAUAAUAUGGCCAAAUAUAAAGUUUACUUAC